AUGUGUCGAGCAGUCAAGACAAAGUGGCCCCAGCUUUGUAGGCGAUCGCCAAAAGCGGAUCCCAUGAAUGCUAUAAUCCUGCCCGGCAUUGAAUUUGGAAAAUGUGUCGACCAGACAAGACAAAGUGGCCCCAACUUUGUAUGGCGAUCGCCAAAGGCGGAUCCCAUGCGGCUGCGACCCCGAUUGAUAGGAGGAAGUACUCCUAUAUUUGACAGGACUGGAAAAGCGCACUUGACAUGUGAUAGAAUCCGGCGAAACAAACGAAUCACGCCAACGCCAAUUUCUGAUCUUUUGUGA